AGAGGCGCUGCAUGCUGGGACCAAUGAGGCAACCCGUGCUGCAAAGCUUGCUGGGAAUUGUAGUUUUAACAGGCCAGGAAUUCCCGUCGAGGAGCUAUUAGAGCGCGCUGCUCCGGAGGGCUCCUCUCGUUUUUCCCUCUGUCCCCCGCCCCCCGUUUAGAGUGACAGCCGUUUGGGCCAAUUGGGAUCUGCGUUUCUGCGCUGCUCCGUUCUAAGGCUUUCCAAGCUUAGGAUUCGCGCUCCCGCGAGAAUCAGAGAGAGGGGCCUAAGAAGAGGUAAUGGGUUUGUCAUGACAACCACCCGGGUCUCUUCUGCGGGGCAAGGGGCUGGGCACGCGAGGCAGAGGGAGCGAGCAGAGCAGCGCUGAUCUUUGUGGCGCCUUCAGCCCUCGGGACCUGCAGCCGCCCUUCUUUGACCUCCCAUAGCUGUUCAGCAUCCGCACUUAUUUCCAGUCUUGCUAAAGAAGGGCGAGGUUCCUGAGCUCGGGAGGUUCCCUGCAGCUAUUGCUCAUCUCAUAUCCUUCCCUUUAGCUGGUGGUGGGAAAUCAAGAUCUUGCAAUUUUGCAUUUAAGAGACCCAGUAAAGUACUGGCACUGUGGUAGGGGCAUCUGCUUAUUUUGUUUACGCACCGGUUUAUUUCGAGAACGUUAUACCCUUCUCUUCAGAAUAGAGCUGAAGCAUAGACUAAAAUGCAGUAAUAGGAUAAAAUAAUUUAAAAAGUGGAGUUUCCAAAACAUGCCUGCGAUUGCUAAAGCAAAACACAAUGCACCAGCAACGCUUCACUUAGAGAGGCGCACUUAAUUGGAAAGUGAGUCCCAUUGAAUGGAACUCAGCUGAACCUUUGAAUAAAUGUGCUUUGAGUAGUGUUGUAUAAAAUGUCUAAAAGGCUGGCACAAAUUGAAAGGACAUCACCUGGUGCUGAAAAGGCAUUAAGCCCAAUGUCUGGCAAAUAUGCAAAAAACAAGGCCCUACAACUGAAAAGCCUUGUUUGGCUCACAGCCCACUUCCCAUCUGAGGUUAGGGGAAUCCAGAGGAGUGGCUCCACAGGUAGAUCUUAUUGGCCAAUAAAAUCCAGAUGGGCCUGCUUAGAAUAAAAUAGGAUAUCUGCAGAAAUUUCCAACUGAGACCUAGAAAUAUCCUUUCAUGCACAACAAAUUUGUCAUUUCACUUAUUUAGUAUUCUUGUACUUUUAUAGGGUACGUUGGAUAAGUAACCGAGAAGUGCUUAAGAGUGAGAGGGAAGAUGAGGAGUUACAGAAUUGAGGGUGAAUGAAAUGCACAAGAAACAGUAAAGGUUUCAGACAAAUAAUCCUUACUAAGUGGGCCAUCUUAACCGUUAGAACUAAAAACUAAUAGCUCAGAUUUACAAAUUAUAUUAGGUGCUUUGUGUGACAGUGCAUACAUCACCUUCCAUUUCCUUGUGUAUAUAUGCAUAUUUUAGAUAAUUAGUAGUCCCAUCACAAGCUGCUCCUAUCUGUAGUCUUCAAGUACCAUACCAUACUAUCACUUCAUUUUUUUCUGCAUCCGUUUGUCUGCAGAGAGUUGUGGUUUUGCUUUGGACGAACUAUGCUUAUACAGAUGGUUGACUAGACUUGGGCAUUGAAUCGUACAAACUGAGCACACCUUAGAAUAUACUCAAUGCUCUUCAGGAUUUGUUCUUUUAAGAAAAAAAAAUCAGUUAUGGUAGGUACUAGCCAAGCUAAGAAUACUUCUGGGUAAAGGUUGUUCAUUCCAUUGGAAUAAAUGGUGAUCGUAAAAAUAAAAAGGUUUGAGUUUGUGGUAAAAUUCUACAUAAAUGUUUUACAAUUUUCAAUUUCUUGUAGUGCAGUCCUAUAUAUUUUUUCUAAGAUGUAAGUCCCAUUGAGUACAAUGAGACUUUCCCCUUGGUAAGUAAGUAUAAUAAUGCAACCUGAAGCAACUUAGUGUUGUUCCCAUUUUUCAGAUGAGUGAAAUGAAACGGAUGGUGAUUUAUCCCUAAAGCUAGUAACUGAGUUUCUUUCUUAGAUUUCCCAGAACUAAGCCCAGCAUGCUGUAAUGUAAUAAACUACUCCACGGUUAAGAAGUCAAUGUAUAUUCAUGAAGUAUCUUUGAAUUAGGGAAGGAAAUAAAAAGAAACAGAUAAAUGUUUUUCAAACUGUGAUCGGAAGUACCUUUGAGUGACUUAGAAGUUUAUCAGGGUUCGUGAUUGCUGAUCAAGACUUACAUUACUAAAGCAGGCUUUUCCAAUAAGAAAAAUGUUGCUUGUAUUGCUCAAUCAUAGAAUCAUUGUAGGGUUGGAAGGGACAACAAGGGUCAUCUAGUCCAACCCCCUGUAAUGCAGGAAAGUUUUGCCCAACAUGGGGCUUGAACCCACAACUCUGAGAUUAGGAGUCUCAUGCUCUACCCACUGAGCUAUCGGGGCAUAAUCAGAAGCAUAAUUUUUCUGUGGAGCUGAUGUUAUGAGGUGACGUAUCUUUCUAAUGGAUAAUAGUACAAUAUUAUAACAGGAAGUUUUAAAAAUUCACCUCUUUUGAUUUGCUCUUUCAGUUAUCAGAAACAGUAGUAAUAACACAGAUUUUAUCUGUGGUCUCUAAAUUUAUACAAAACAUAUAAAGUCUUUUAUUUGAAAUCUAUUUAGAAACACUUGGAAGUAUAUAAUGAAACAGUUCCUAGUGCAAGCACUUUUGGCAGAGCAACCCAACUUUCUCACCUAAUUUGUUCUGGGUUUUCCCGCAACGCUCAAGAGCAGAUUUGUGGGACAGGGGCACAAGGAAAGGGAGAGGAAGUUUAAUUGCUAAGUUCAAAGUGCUUGUGCUAGCAGAACUGAUUAGAUAGAUAUUGGCCUAAAUUCGUAUUUAGGUAUUUCAUUUCCCGCUCUAUAUUUUAAAGGUCGGAAUGAAAGGCUUAUAUUGGCAGCAGAAUUCAUCUGGAGAAGAGGCCACUUUUGUUUUCCUGGAAAAGGUAAGUUAUUUGCUUAAAGAAAUAUAAGACUGCAUACACAUCUAAAAUAUGUGAUGCCAUAAUUUGUUUUAGAAUAAUGACAGCUUGCCAUCUCAUGUGAUCUUGUACAAACUGUGGCUAGUUGAAAGAAGCCAACUUCAAACUAUAGUUUAAAAUGUCUUGAUACAGCUAAGUGUUAAGACGAACCACAGUUUUCUGUUUAAAUGGCAUGCUAAGCUAAAGUUAACCUAAAACAACAGCAGAAACUUCCACUCUCCUUGCACUAGCUCCAGAAGAGGAGGGAGACUUCUAGACUUAUUAUUGUAAUUCUGAACCAUGGUUUAACAUUACAUCUAAAUGCCAUCCCAUCUCAGUUGACUUAUAAUGGCCAACCCAUGGUUUGGCCUUUGGGGUGUGCUUUGGACUUGCAUGCUCCACUUUCUGUCUCAAGCUUAGAUUCCCUUCCUUCCUGGUGAGCAUAAAACUGUAUUUAGGCAGAAUUAGAUGUCAUACUUUGAAGUGGGUUUCCAAGUGCUGCAUGCAGGUGAACUAUAGUUUGAAGACACCAUAAUUUGUCUGGUUCAGAUCUAAUUAUAAACUAUGGUCUGCCUAAAUCAUGACAUGAGAAAGUGGACUGUAUGUGAGGACUCAGAGUGUGAGCCUGAACAACAGCCCUGGUUGUCAAACUAUGGGUUGGCCGUGAGUUAUGAAGAAAGACUUAGAUUUGACUUAAAGCUUUUCAAAGAGGGGAAAUUAUACAACAAAACAAAUUACCUUUUUUAACUUUGAAACAUCUGAGUGCAGUAACUGGGGUUUUUUAAUUUGUUUCUCAAUCCAGUUAACAAAAUACAUGAGAAAGUAGUUUCAGAACCAGAAUUAUUAAAACAUGCAUUCCAUUUUUGACUGACAGAACAACCCCUAUAUAUGUAUGUGUUCAUGACUGGAGCCUAAGAUGGAGAAAAGAAUAUCAGACAUACAAUCAGAAUUGUAAAAGGUUUUUUUACUUAUUUAUAAUUUACAACCCACUGUAAUAAUUGCAUAUAGUACAGCAUCCCUUUUCUGGAUAUAUUAUAAGGUCACUUUUUCACUUCCUUCUCAAAGAGGAAAGUGACUUGGAAACUUUGAGUUAACUGCCUGAAUCAGAAGAAUUCAGCGUAAGAUUUCCAUAGAAUUUAGUUCAUUUGUGUGUGUGUUGCAUUCUAUGUAUUGUUACUAAAGUCAUUCCCUAGACGUAACUCAUACAUAAUCUUCUAAGUAGCUUUAAAACUUUGCAGGGUAGGAUUGCAACACAGUUCAUAGGAACAGAGGAAGCUGCUUGGAUGAGUCAUAUCAUUGGCCUCACUAGCUAAGUAGUGUCUACACUGAUGGGCAACAGCUUUCCAGGAUUUCACACGGGGGUUCAGGCCUAGCCCUACAUGAAAAUGCAGGGGGCUGAAUCUGGGACUUCCUGUAUACAAAGCUGAUGCUCUACCGCUAAGCUACCUUUCUCACUGUAAUCUAGGGGAAGGGAAGAACUCUAUCCGCAAAAUCAGUUAAGCUGAAAUACCUAGUUGUGACAUACUUACUUGUCCUUUUAGUGGGUGAAUCAUGUCAAUUCAAUCUUAGGAUAACCUUCCUGUCACAAGAGACAACUAUGUGAAAGUGCAAGUGAAAGCCUGUGCUCUAAGUCGGAUCGAUGAUAAGGUACCUGUAUUAUUUUACUUCAUGGAAAGUUGAACCUAUGAACCUGCUCUUUGAUUCAAAUACAUCAAAAUGCUGUUAACCCAUUCUGGUGGCAGUUUUGUUUGCAUAAGGCAGGGAUGGUGAACCUGUGACCCGCCAACUGUUGUUGGGCUCCGACUCCCAUGAGCUCCAGCCAGCAUGGGAUGGGGGGAGUUGAGGUCCAACAACAUUUGGAGGGCCACAGGUUCCCAUCCCUGGCAUAAGGGAACAGAGGCACCCUUAUAAUUAACAGCGUAACUCUCUAUACAUUUAUUCACAAGGAAGUCAACAGUGCUCAGUGAAGGUUACUUACAAGUUGUAUGUUGGUCCAACAGUCAAAGUAACUGCUAUUUACAUAAGGUCCCCCUUUUCAACUAAAGGAUCACCUUUUACUGAAAUCUACCUUAUUCAACUAUGUAAAACAGUAGUAUAAAUGAAGGGGGAGGGAUUCUAAGACCCAAAUGGCUGGCUUCCAUACCACUAAAGCAUGGGUAGGCAAACUAAGGCCCGGGGGCCGGAUCAGGCCCAAUCGCCUUCUAAAUCCGGCCCGUGGACGGUCCGGGAAUCAGCGUGUUUUUACAUGAGUAGAAUGUGUGCUUUUAUUUCAAAUGCAUCUCUGGGUUAUUUGUGGGGCAUAGGAAUUCAUUCUUUUUUCUUUUUUUCUUUUCAAAAUAUAGUCUGGCCCCCCACAAGGUCUGAGGGACAGUGGACCAGCCCCCUGCUGAAAAAGUUUGCUGACCCCUGCACUACAGCCAUUACUAGCUGCGGGGGGAGGGGGGGAGUCCCUGUUAGAGUAGGUCCACACGAUAGGCAUAGUUGACAGUGAAUUGUCCUUGUUUUCUGCAAAGUUUGUGUCCCGCUGCUACAAAUGUUUGCUGUUGGUGUGGAGAUCCUCCACAUUAUGAAUGAUAAUUGCAAGGAUGAUCCUUGCUCUACGUGUUAUGCCUCCUUCAGCUACCAUGUAGAGGCUGGAUCAAGCGCCAUUCCCAGGACUGCAUAUAAAUUGGCUCUAAUAGAGGCUUAAGUGAAUGCUAUCUGCCCACACUUAAAGCUAAGCACCCCCUCGGGUACGCUGGUUAGUUCUAUGGUCCCAUAGUUGUAGAAAUCAGUUGGACAACAUGUACCCCAUCGCUUCUGGGAUUAGAGCUAGUGUGCUGUGCUAAGUAUACAAAUGCGUGCAGUAUAAAGACCUGUCUUACUACAUUUACCUGUCUCUUAGAACUUCUCUAGCUUACUAUGUUUUUUAAAACAAAUACAUAAUUUAAAAAUUAAAAACGGAUUUAUGUGUGAUUUUUCUUUUAUUUGUUAGUGCAGGUGGUUUUUUUUUGCUUUAGAUGGGUAUCUGGCCUGCCCAUAACAUGAACCGUUUUAUCUUGUAUUGAAGAAGAAAUAAAAUAGAGAGGGGAAGAAAGCAAGGAAAAUUAAGGCUUUUGCCAGGUGUUACUGCCAUUAUGACGUGAUUUAUUAAAAUUAUUAAAAGCAAAGGAUGUUGUGUGUGACAUUUUCAUAGCAUUUCAAUAAUUAGAUAAAUAACUAAACUACUAAAUCAUUUUUUAAUCAUUUUUGUACACAGAGAAGACAGAACAUGGUAACUGUAAAGACCUGGGGUUCCAUAGCACAGUCAAGUUAGUAUUUUUCAAAUGUGUAAGAUUUAUACUGCAAUCCUAAUCACGUUACUCUAAGUUCCUGUGGAACUUACUUCAAGAAAAAUGUGUGUAUGAUUUCAGCCUUACUGGACUAUACUGUAUUAAUCUGCCAUUAAAUGUUUGGUGAGAGGCCGUAAUAGCAUUUUACUGUUCUAAUAUGUACUCAACAUUUAUUAUUCUUUACAGUAGGCAUUCUAACCAUUAUUUGACUUAGCUUUUGUCAGAAAUCAAGAUCAAGAAGGAGUUUCUACCUGUUGGGAGGGAAAUUGCUGGUGUUGUGUUGGAGAGUGAGUAUACUAAUAAGUAUAAUGUUGCUUUUUUCUUUGGCAGUGAAAAAUGCCUUGUAAACAUUAUUUGUACUAUACAACAUUGAACCCCAUUAAUCUUCUCAACAUGAAACCCAGUUCCUAACAUUCUGUUACCUUCUCCUGACAUUCGGUCACAUUACAGUGUGGCAAAGAAACAAGCCACAGUGGGACUAUGCUGAUUGUUAAUGGCUGGGUUUAUUAGGGCCACUUGAAUUCCUGAGUGCUUCCGUUUACUUUCUUCUAUAUAAAUAUUUUGUUUGUGAAUUCCUGGGAAGUAUUAACACGUCUUAUGGGUUCUAUAACUGAGAGUAUGAAAAUCUCACCUUAUCGUUGAGGUCAAGGACUUUCAUCUAUGGCUUUCUGUUACAUCUGAAGAGAGGCAAAGAAGUGACUUGGCACAUGGCUGAGCAAAAUACUUGAGUAGGCACCUACAGGCUUUGGGAGAAAGGGGACAGUGUGUUUCUGUAACUUCUCCCCAUUAAAAGAACCCCAAGGCUAGAAGAAUAAAACAUGCAGAAUCUGCAAGAGCUCUAUGUUGGCUACUGUUUCUUGGUCAUAUGACAGAAUGGGGGGGGGGGUCACAGAAAUCCACACCCUACUAAUUCAUCUCACAAGCAGAGAAGCUGACCUGACCUUGCUCUGCCCUCUGCAAACACAGCAAGCUCAGUGAUGAAUUGGGUGGCAAGGAAAGGCAUUGGAGUUCCUUUUCCUUUCAUCCCCUGCCAUCUUGUCCAUUAUUAAAGACUUUUACCAAAGGACACGACAGGACUUCUUUUCCAAAUGUGGUUCAAGCCCUUUUUUCUGUGAAGUGACAAUGGCCUCCAGGCUCUACUGAAGCAUUCCUGAACUCUGAACAUCUGGAAAACCCCGGAGUCUGUUCUAUGGUCUGAUGCCGUUCUGCUUUAUUAUGGCUCAGACACAGGUGAGAAACCAUCCCUUCCAGGUGGUCUCCUAAACUGGACCCUCCUGUCAACUAAGUUUGCAUUGGUUGAGGCUGGUAGAAGUUAGGAAGGAGUUGCUUUUGCAUUUGGCUGUUUCUUUUCGCCCCACUCUUCCUCAGACAGACCUGCCCAACCUGUGAUCUACCAAGUCAAACAGAGACCACCAGCCAUGCCCUGAUGCUUUCACAGUCCUAGAUAGACAGAAUAUACAGGAGCUUUAUCAAACUCUUGGUUCUUGUAUCACAUGUUGUGUAGCCCUGCUCUAAGAAAUUAGGAACUAGGGAUAGGAUCCUGAGUGGACUGCAGAUACACCCAGUUACACUUCCCUUUGGCUGAUUAACAUCCAAUGAAUGCCUUUUUAAAAUGUGUUGGGGAGGGGGACGAUUAUUGAGUUUUUCUUGUUUUUUAUUAUGUAUUUUACUGCCCUGAAAUCUGCAGGUAUAGGGCGGUAUACAAAUUUAAUAAUAAAAUAAUAAUAAUUGUAUGGGAGUGUUGAUUUGCCUGUGCUUUAGGGUCAGAAGAGCUUUUCCCCAGGUCCUGCUGGUAAUGACUUCAGGUAUUUUGCGUUUCUCUGUGCCUUGUGAUUCAGCUCAUUUGAAAGAGUCACUUGGGUUUUUUCCCUUGUAAGUACCUUUCUGCCAGGGCAGCUGGUUUCUGUUUGCUGAGGAAGUUGAAAGGGAAAGCAAAGAAGAUCAAAUAACUCCAGAAUGCAUGGAAGUUAUUCAAAACCACAUUAAAGAAGCUCACCUAGAAUAUAUACAACAGAUCAGGAAAGGUACCACUGAGGCCAGGUGGCUAACAGUGUUUUUAAGAGUUGAGGAAGUUAUUGGAGGCAAGAAAACCUAAGUCUUGAGGAGAACUAAAAAUAAAUGUAAGCAGACAUUAAAAACAAUUAAUUGAGGAGUAUGUUGCUAAGAACACUAAUGGAAAGAACAAAAAAAGUAAUUAUUAGCAGGAAACCAGCUAGGGAAGUAGUUGAAUGACAAGGGAGUCAGAGGUGUGCUAAAGGAAAACAAGCAGACUAUAGAGAAACUGAAAGGUUUCCAUCUGUCUUCACCAUGAAAAAUGUAGCACAGAUUCCUAUUAUUAAACUAAUCUUGAGCUGGAGUUAGGGUAAACAGUGAGAUGGCCAAGCUUGCUGAUUACAUCAAGAGGUUAAGAACAAACUAGGUAAAUGGGCAUUAAAAUGGCAAUUGUGAUUCACUGUAAGCAAGUGCAAAAAAACCCCAUAAAACUGCCAACAUAAUAAUGCCACUAUGCAAAUCUGUUAUGCGGUCGCAUUUGGAAUACUGUCCUGCUCUGGUUGCUGUGCUUCAAAAAAGGAUACAUAAGGUUCAGAAAACACCAACCAAAAUGAUUAUGGGGCUGAAACAACUGUCCUGCAUUUGGGGCUUUUUAGUUUAUUAAAAAAAAAUGUAUGUAAGGGGGACUUGACAGGUACACAAAAUUAUGCAUGUUGCAGAGAAAGUAGAAAGAAGCUUUUCUCCUCAGUACUAGAACCUCAGGUAGUUCAGUAGAGUGGAACAAUGAGAAGCUCGGGGCAAACCAAAGAAAGUCCUUUUUUUCCUUCCUCCUUCAUGGACACAGCAGCAGAUGGUGUGGGAUAGAGCUUAUCUGAUCACCUGGCAGCAGAGUUGCUGCUUACCUGAUAGUGGGAGGGGCAAAGCAGCAGGGAGGUUAGUGCUGUUUAAACACACCUACAGGCAGGGGCAGAAUUUGCACACACACACACACACACACACACCCCCGGUGUUUUUAUUUGUAUUUUAUGCACCCUCGGCUCAGCACCCUGGCAUUGCCAACAGAAGUACCUCAUUGGCUCUGGAGGUGUGUUUUCACAGCACCGACCUCUGUGAAGCCUUGACACCCUCACCCCUAUCCUGAUAAGCAGCUGCAACUCUGCUGCCAGGAGAUGGGGUAAGUGGCGCCACCACACCCUUCCUUCUGCUACUGCUUAACAUGGACUUUCACUACCUCUUCACUGACAUCUGCUUGGGGAUCAGGAAUGGCAGGAAGUUUGCCUUGUAAAUUAUUGUUUUGCAAAUACAGUUUUCAAAGUAUAGUAAUUUCUCUUGGUUUUUUUUAUUUAAAUCCCUUUAUUUUCUUUUGUUCAAGCUGGAAAUAAAGUGACCUUCUUUCAACCAAAUGAUGAGGUAGUUGGUAAGUUGCAGUUUUUUAAUGUAAGCAGUGAAUACUUUUUAAGUGAAAGAGCUGCAUUGGGUUAAAAUAGCUUUCCUUAGCCUGGCGUUCUCCAGAUGUUUUGGGCAUCAGCCCCAGACAGCACAACCAUAUUUUUAGCUUCCCAGUAACACUGUGACACAGGUGAGGGGCUAGGCCAAGGGAUGGUGACAUGUCUGAGGCUAAUGAGCCUUAUGUCUGCAUCCAGAUUGUAUAUGUUGACAUGGGGCUACAUGCGAACAAAUAGCAAAUUAAAAUAACAAAAAUUUUAGAUUUCUUUCAUUUCUUAAAUCUUAAGUCUGAAUUUGCCUUUUUAUGAGAAUCCCCAUGAUGCCUUGAUGUGAUAAAUUUGGUAUUGAAGAAUACAUAGGAAUUGUUAGCAGUAAAAUCAAAACUUAGCUAUAUUAAGGUGAUCCUUUACCUAUGUGAAAAUGAUCCACCAAUGCAAUUUGGACUUCUUUCCACCUGUAUCAUCUCUUUACUUCAAUAUUGUGAGCAGAUAGUGUAACAAACUGCUAGUCUGAACAUGCCCUAAGGCAGGCUUUGCUAUGUACACAUGAGUAAGCUUCCUGGAACUGCACAUAAUACAUGUUCAUUUCAUUAAUUCUGAGUUCCAUAACUAUCACUCAUUGGUACCACACUGCACUGUCAAGUUCUUUCAUAAAAGGGUCAAAGAAGAGGUGUUUGAGUCUGAGGCAAUCUGUUAUCACAGCAGCAGCGACACUUAGGGUAGAGCUUGCAAAUUUUACAGCUUCAUCCCUUCCAGCUGCAUUAUAUAGAGGUGACAGAAGCUAAAGGUGAUGUGCAGACUAAUGAUGAACAGCACAAUCCUACAUGUAUCUAGUGAGAAGCAAGUCCUGUUGAAUUCAGUGGGUCUUACUCCCAGGUCAGUGAGGUUAGGACUAUAGCCUUCCCUUAGAAAUGCAAUUCUUAUUUGACAUGUAAUACAGUAUAUAUGUGGUUUGAGCUGAAGGGUUUUGUUUUGAUUUCAUAGGAAUUUUACCGCUGGAUUCAGAAGAGUCUGGUUUGUGUGAAGUUGUUCUAGUUCAUGAACAUUAUUUAGGUAUGUAUCUUGUGUUAAGCACCACAUGGAACCCAAUUAGCACAAAAAAAACUAUUUAUAAAAGUCAAAUUUGUUUUAUUUGUAUGUAUUUCAGUUUAUUUGCAUAUAAUGCUCAAGUGUCCUCAGAACUGACGCCUUAAAUGCUGCACAAUUUAUCUCUUCUAAAGAAAUUGCAGCAAUACAUACUUUUCAGUGAGUUAAUGUUCAAAUAGAAACCACAAGAGCUGACUCACCCCUUUCAUUUCUCCUAGGCUAUUGCUCUUGUUGCUUCACUCAAAUAUUUUUGCUGAUUUACUCUUAAAUUCUAAAAGCAAGCAUUUCUGAAAGCAGUGUCCAGCCCUGCUUUGAGCUUUUCAUUCUUCUCAAACUUCUUCGAUUAUUCUAGGCCAGACAUCCUGGUUUUCCUCUGGUGCAAAAGUUAGAACGUGCAUUUGCAAACUAAACUAAACUAAAUAAAUAAAAGUAGCAGGCAAAUCCAAAAGGUCAAGAGCACUGGGUCGGAUCCAAAGUUAUCACCGUUCUGUAAAAGGUUGCAUGAGCACUAGGGGAAGGGUCUACUCAACCAAGGAUCUGGAGCAGCCUUGCCCAGCCUCGUGCCCCCUAGUGCCCCCAUCAGCCACAGCCACCGUGAUUAAUAGUCAAGGAUGAUGGAAGCUGUAGUACAAAAUUUUGAGAGAGCACCAAAUUGGAGAAAGCUAAUCUAGAACUGUGUCACAGAAUUUUUAAAAAAAUCUUAUGAUCCAAACUGUAAUGUAUCAUCAUAAUUUAUCUACAAAUCUAACCUCUUGUGAGGGCAUGAAUAGGGGGCAUGUUGUUUCAGAAACAUUCCCUUUAGGAAAGAUGCUAUUUCAGGGGUGGGCAACCUCCAGCCCUCAAGACCAUUUCCCCCACUGGUAAUAUUAGCUGAUGGGAGGGCAGGGAUUAACCCUGUGUUUGCUGCAGGGCCCUGUUCCCUGGCCUGUGGUGUCAUGGAAGAAUUGCAGACAAUUACGAAUCCUGAGGAGUUUUCCACACCCCCAGCUUUGAACUUUAAUUGCUAUCUGGCAUCAGACAAAAUCAUAAGUCUGUUGUUUCUAUGUUACUCAACAUGACAAUGAUGUCAUAAGCCCCAACACGCCUAUAGUCUUGUAAACUUAAGUCACUCAACUAGGGGUCCAGGUGCAGAUGUGCUUUGCCAUGUACAUUAAAAGGUUGCAGGUGCCAGAUCAUUGGGUCCUGGGUGGCCUUUGUGAUGCAAGUUAGUUAUGCAUCCAGUUGUACAUUUUGCAAUGACUGCAGGCAUCUGAGGCUGCUUCUGCAGCCUUGUCCCCCUUGCUGGAUUGCGACUGUGGCCUUUGCAGGAAUCUUUAUAUUUUUGUGUAACACAAACCUUUCUGAAUAUUUUGUAUAACUAAAGUUCAAUAGCAGAACGGCAUCCUUUGAAACUAUAGCUGUGUUCUGUUGUACUCAAUACAUGGUAAAAGACAACAGAAAAAGAAACAUUGAAAAAAUCAACUCUAUGUACUUUGGCUACAACCCAGAAAUUUUAACUAUCAUUGCUGUAAACCCAGCAGGGUUCGUAUUUUUCCAACAGCAGGUCCCACAAAAUGCAUCACAAGUAGGUUUUUUUUUUCAAAGUUAGGGAAAUUUCAAAAUUAGCAUGCAGUUAGCAAUUAGCAAGCAUGAGGAGGGGGCUACAGUAAGGAAAACAACACUGAAAUGUUUGAGUCCUGCAAGUCCUGCUGGAUAACAAAAAAUCUCACUAUUUUGUGGCAUUCUAGCCUUUCUAAUAUAGUCAUACCUUGGAAGCCAAACAGAAUCCAUUCCGGAAGUCCUUUAGACUUCCAAAGCGUUCGGAAACCAAGGCGCGGCUUCCGCUUGGCUGCAGGAAGUUCCUGCAGCCAAUUGGAAGCCGCAGAAGCCACGCCGGACAUUUGGGUUCCAAAGAAAGUUCUCAAGCCGGAACACUCACUCCCAGGCUUGCAGGAGCCAAAACAUUCGACUCACAAGACGUUCGUCAACCAAGGUACGACUGUAUAAAGGACUGCUAGCAGCUGCCCGAAAAUAUGUGGAUUGCAAGCACUCGUGCCUUCAUAGGGCUGUUCACACAGUUAAAGAAAUCUUAGUUGGUUAAUGAACCUUAGUCAAUUGUUCAAUUAUAUAUGGAUAGAAAUAAAUGUUGUUCAGGACAUGGACCUGACCGGUGGUGGUAUAGUCACUAUAGCUAAUGGAGCAUUGCCCCACCAGCCUCAUCCUGUCCUCAGCCAAGCCCCACCUGCCUGCCUUCUUUCUGACAACCAGCCCAGAGGUUAGCUCUGCCUGGCAGCUUCCUUCUUCAUCUCAGCAGGGAGGAGGAUGGAAACAAAACGGGAAUUACAGGCUCUAGCUGUCACUGGCUCUGACUUCACCUCCUGCUGAUCUUGCUGCCUUCUAACCUACCAGUCCCAAUGGACAGCAGCCACUCCUGGAACUGACCCAGAGAAGUGGGUGGCAACAUCUGCAUACACAUAAUAAUGAAAGAGGCUUUGUCCUCUCUUACGGAAGAGACUCAAAGAAUAAAACUAAACAAAACCCAAGCUUCCACUGAUGAAACAUAAGGAGGCUGAUCAGAUUAAGUCUCUCUACACCUGGCAUGUCCAAAGUCAACAACUUUGGGGUAAAAUCAUAAUAAAAGCUUAACAACUUCAAUCCUAAAAAAAGGUUAACAACUUUGGUCGGCCCUUUGGUCAGCCCUCACGGCCCUUCACUUCAUCAAAUCUAGCCCUCUUUGAAAAUGUUUGGACACCAUUGUCUACAUCCUUCGAGAAGGUUCAGAAAUGAAUUCUGCCCCAAACUAAGAAGUUUAAACCACCGUUAGCAAAUCCCUUCUAAAUUUUGGUCUGAUGUAUGGCAUAAAAGUUUCAAAGCUGUCUGGCGUGGUGUUUACAUAGACAGCUAGAAUAAUAUCUGGAUAAAUUAUAUGAUAUUCAGGUUUUUGUGUGUUCUGUGGCCUUCCAGAAAUGCAAGUUCUGUUCUUAAUAGAUGUUAUGGUAAUUAAUUUUCCUCAACUUACUUAUGUCAUGUAAUUGUGCUAUCAAGAUUCAGGUUUUCAAGUAAUUUGGAUUUGUAUUGAUUUUUUAAGCUUACUUUGAAAAACAUUGAAGUGGCAGAGAGAAGGGAAUAUUGGAAAAAGAAAGCAGUAUUUACUUAGAGUAUUCCAGAAAAGGCAGGCCUGUGUAACACUUGCCAGUAUAAAUUUGACUCUGACCCAACACGCACAAAGUCAGGUGUGGAGUUAAGAGCUCCCAAAUUACUUAACCAUCUAAACCAGUGGUGGCCAAACUUGGCCCUCCAGUUGCUGUUGGACUACAACUCCCAUCAUCCCUAGCUAACAGGACCAGUGGUCAGGGAUGAUGGGAGUUGUAAUCCCAAAACAUCUGGAGGGCUGAGUUUGUCUAUAACUGUCAUAAGAUGUGCAAGUGUUCAUUGUAGUUUUAAGAAUCUCCUUGCGCGUUUCACAUUGAUUUUGAAUAUCCCAGGACACUGGGCAGAAUUUAGUGUUAUGCUUUUCUAUGUAAGUCAGAUAAAAUGAUCCCCUUCUCUUCCUGCUGUUCUGAGAGGUUCUCCCAACCUAGAGCCAAUUUAUUUGGGGGCACAGCGCGGGGGAAGCCCCAUUGUGUGAUCAGAAGUCCUUGUUCUUCCAUUGAAUGAAUGAAUUUAUUAUUUCGGUCACAGACCAGUUCCAGCCCACAUACAAUAUCAAGGAAGUCAUAAAACACGAUAGGGAUACAUUUGAAUUUUCAAUUAAGUAUUACAGGGACAAUACAGAUAUAGCAACAGUUAAAAAACAUAUAAAUUAAAACUAGUCACUAAAAUAUAACCUAAAAUUAUCUUUUAAGGCCUUAAUCAUUAUGAUAGCACAGCUUGUUCCCUAAGGUUUAUGGCAAUCGCACAGAAUUUAGCUACCCUUAACGUGAUCUCAGGAUCCUUGUCCUCUACCAGGAAUUUUAGACAUCAAAGUUUGGAUUCAUUUGGAGAUUUUUGCAUAGCAGGGGUAAUAAAUACUGAGCGUAUAUCCCCGUAGAAACAGCAGUGUAACAAGGCAUGAAAGACAGCUUCUACCUCCAUCAAGCCGCAGGGGCAGACUCGUUCUGCGUAUGGUUUACCUUUGAAUCUGCCCUGCAGUAAGACAGAUGGCAGCCUUAUGCUUCCAUUGACGAGGCUCUUUAGGUGAAUCUUGCCCUGUGUUCCCCACUUAAUACCUUGCCCUAUGUCUUUUUUAAGUAACCAAGCAGGCUAAUAAAUAGCCUAUCUUUCCAGACCUCACCUUAACGAAAUAAAGUUCUGGUUUUUCCCUUUCCCUGUUUUUAUUGUUUUAUACAGUACUUUCCACUGGUUUGGAACAGCUUUAGAACCCUGAAGCUGGUCUUAGGAGCCUCAUUUUUCAAAGUGAUAUUAUUCCCAAGCAUAAUCUGUCAUAGCACUUAAAAAUAUGUAUAUAUCAAAAAAAGUAUUUUUUUAAAUGUACAGUAAUUACUUGAAUCAACCCAAUGUUUAUAUUCUGACUUUUAUUUCUUUCACUGAGAAACAAGACAUAAUGCUAUAAAAAUACGGUGACACUUUAAAACAUAAAGCUAAUAGAUUUGUUAAAAAUGUUGCAAGCCUAUAUGACUGGGUUGAGGAAACCCAUGCUGUCUUUUCUAUCUCUGCAAUAUGUUUCUUUUAAUUUUGAUCUUUGGGGAGGAAGGAGAACACUGACCACCAUUUUUUGUAAUAGUCUGUUAGGUUAAACAACACAUUUAAGGUUCUGUUUCAAAAGUAGGCAAUCGCCAGCCCUGCUAUUUAAAAUCUCUUGUCUGCUUCUCUCUCCCUUCCUCCUCCCUUUCCCCCCUCCCCCCGCAUUAUGAAACAGCUCAUAAGCCAGAAAAGGUCUCCUGGCUUGAAGCAGCAGGUACCAUUCGUGAUGGUCUUCGUGCAUAUACAGCUCUACAUUACCUCUCUUACGCCACUCCAGGAAAAACUGUUCUGGUGAUGGAUGGGGCAAGUGUAGGUACAAGAAACUACUUCAGAAACAAUUAUAUCUUUUCUUAAACUCCUAUUCAGUAUAUACUUGUCUUGUUGGAAUGGACUUGAAAAGUCUUAUAGCCUGUGCUCUUUCUGAUAAAUCAGGAACCCAUGGUCUCAUCGUUCCCCACAAGGCCAUUUCCCCCCAAACCACCCGCACCUGUCAUUCAGCUCAUGUCACCAAAUCAGCUGAUGGGUACCAGGGUGGGGCUCAGUUAUACUUUGGCUGAACUCACCUGUUCCUUACUGGGAUCAAAGCCAAAGUAGAUAGAUGAUCCUGCCUUGGGAGGGUUUAAAAUCCUGCUGAAUUUGGCUGUACAAGCCUGUCCGCUGUUGGGAACUGCACCGGCAGACCCCCCCCCCUUUUUUUUUGCAGGCGUUGUCAGCAAAAGAGACUCUUCUGCUUGCAACCAAAAGGCAAGCUUCUUUCUCCCCUCCCUAACACCUGAUGGGAAGGGAAGAAAGAAGGCUUUACCAGCCCUGUGCUUGGCACUUUGGGGAUCCCACUAUGAGGAAAGACUGAAGGAACUAGAGAAGAGAAUAGCAACAUAUGCCUGGAGAACUAUUGUAUACUAAAAGGAAAGACUUGCCCUACGCUGCUCCAGAGGGCGGAACUAGAUUUAUUGGCUUUAAGUUAUGGGAAGGUAGAUUUCAGCUGAACGUCAGAAGAAUCUUUUGACUGUAAGAGCAGUUUGACAAUGGAACCAGUUCUCUAAAGGGGUAGUAGGCUCUCCCUCCCUGGAAGUCUUCAAGCAGAGGCUAAAGAGUUGGAGAUGCUGCAACUCUGGAUUUUCUGCACUGAGUAAGGGUUGGAGCAGACCUGUCCAGCUCUGUGAUUCUUCUUGCUAACUGCUAUUGCUGAGGUCAUCAGUGGUGGAAGGAGAGGCGGCAGCAGCCAUGCAUUCACCUGUAGCACCUGCAUCCAGGUCUAGCUGAGAAACCCCCUUCCCCAGAAGCUAUUUGCAGUAUAUUUUAUGAAAGGCUGAUUAAAAAAUGUGAUGUGUGCUUCCGUUUGCACUGGAAGCCCUCAAGGCAAGGCUACGUAAAGUGUUCAAAAAAGAAACUCACGCAUCUAUCUGCAUGCAACAUGGCCUAUCCUGCUCUCUGCUGGAGUACUGGCUGCCAUAGUAACAGAUUUCCGGACCUGAAGUUUGGUCAAUGAAUGACAACAUUUAAAAUGUCCAUAGUUUCCAAGUUAUCCCUGUAUCUUGGACUACAUGUACAGCAUACCAGACAUUGCUGAUAUGGUGUUUUUUCCAAGCAUUCUAAAGUAUUUCCCCAUUGAAUGAAAUGUGUUUGAAACAACAUUUUCAGGCUUUCCAAAUAUUCGGCGAUGAGGUGUGUGAACCUAAAGAUAUGCUUCCAAUCUCACCAGGAGCAAUAGAGCUAUUGGGGCGGGGACUUCAUCUGAUUGCAGCUCAUAGUUAAGGUCCUAAGGGGUGGGUGGGUGUAUAUAAGUUCCCCAAUACACAAACAAUUUUUAAACAUAUGUACUUGUUCCUUCUAUUUGGUGUUAAAAGUUGUAGGCGGGUGUAAUAGUUCUGUAUUUUAGUUCACCGGUACCAAGGCAAUAUAUUUAAACAUAUGCACAUGCUCCAUCUAUUUUUCCUCCUGCAGCCAUUUGGUACAAUCGCUAUUCAGCUAGCACAACACAGAGGAGCCAAAGUCAUUUCUACUAUAUAUAGUCUUGAAGACAAGCAGUAUCUUGAGAGGCUUACGCCAUCUGUGGGUGAGUUACAUUGUUUGGUUCUAGCUGCAGGAGAGAGCUAAUUCAGAACACAUGUUUUUAUUUUGAAAUGUUCGUCUGCAUUUCACGAGUGCUAACUGGCUUGGGACCCAGGUACGUGAAGGAGUGCACAUAUACAUCCUUAUCAGCCUACCCAAACUUUAAAGUGAUCUGUGAGUGCUCUUCUCUAAAUGCCUCCUGCAUCAGAGACGGGACGAGACUGAUGGCAAUAAGGGAAAGAGUUUUCUUGGCCUUUGUGCCCUGGUUACAGAAUUUCCUCCCCAAUGUUGGCAACAUUAUCAUGUAGAUACCAGACAGAAACAUUUUUUCCCCAGCCAGGUAUUUUAAGUACUGUACUUGAGCUUUAUCUGCAGUUUUUAUUUGUUGUCUGUUUUAGUGUGCUGCUGUUUUGAAUGUUGUGUUUAUUGAUGUACAUUCCCCAAUUGAUGGAUAAAAUAAAUGGCAAAUAUUUAGAACUGAGAUGAAGUCUUUGUUGGUGAAACUUAAUGCAGCUGGCUGUUGACAUUCCUAUUCCUUUUGUGUGUGGGGGGGGAGAGAUUGGGCUGCAGUAAGCUUUGUCAUCUGACCUAGCAAGCUACAUGCAGCCUACCAUCUAUAUAUGGCUGCCCACCAGGGCUCAGCAAGGCUCCUGUUUGGUUCUGUACCUGUAACUGCAAAAAUAUUGGGUGGAGAGAUGUCAAAAUAUAUCAGGCCAUAGUACAUGGCUGAUGAGUUACUUUCAGCUUAGUGGGUCACAAGUCAAGCAGACCUGGACUUAUAAGCGCCUGCAAACUCCUGUUAUAUAUAGAUGGAUACCAAACAUUCAGCUUUGUAAAAUUUACAAGCCUCUUAUUAAACGCUGAAAUGUCUACUUCAAUACCUGAGCCCAAAAUUGUUCACAUCCCUCAAAGUAUUACAAUAAUCAGACCUACAAAUUAUUGAGGAUUAUUUUAAAAUGCAGGCAACUUUCUUUUUUCCACAGCCUUUGAUUUAUUUUUAAUCUUAUUUACUUUCCCUCUUGGCCAUCCAAAAAUAAGUAGGGCAGCAGCUGUUAGGCUGAAUAGAACACUAACUACAGCCACCGCUGACUUGUGAGCACAUGUAAACAUUUUCCUUAUUAUCCCGGCUUGUUUACAUAUUGUGAGCUCAGGGAAUGACAUGAAAAAAUAGAUGUGCUCUGCAUGCCUUGCUUCUGUGGGAGAAACAGUUUUCUGAAGUAUCUGGCAAGCAUAUCAGCUCUCCUCAGGGGUGCAAGGAUAAAUUCAUGGACAGGACCACACAGUUAUCUCUCAUGUAAGCGCCGUGUUGGAAUGGCAUGCAUGGUGGGUGAAGCUUGGUCUUGGACUUCAGAGUGGAGGGCUUUAGCAGCCUGCAGUAUCCUCCCACAGAUGAGCUGCAAAGAGAGGGGAGGCAAGCAGAAUUUGGACAAAACAAUGUCUUGCACAGAUGGAUCAUGGCAUAAUUAAGAAAUCUCUUUUAAUGGUAAGCAGCUGCAAAGUGUUCUCCGUUAGUACCUCCCUGUGCUAAUGUCAACUUUGCUAUUAUAGGGUGCCAGAUGUCCUUUUUAAAACACAUAAUGCUUCCAUUAAAAACUUACAUUUCAUUGUAAAAUAUCGCAGCCCCAUAUAAGUAAUGAAUAAGUGUUUUCUACCUUCAAUUCUUGCUUUGAAAAACCAGUCUCUGUAGAACUCCACAGUUUCUCCUUUUCCCUUCUAAUUUUGAAAUGUUGUUCCACAGUUGGUUUGAUAUCUGAUAUUGUGUCUAUUGCAGAAAAGUAAAUGGCAGAUACCUGCUUGAGCAGCUUCUAGAUACUGCUAUAUAAUGUGUGGAAUCUAGUUUGAGGGUAGCUCUUCUUGCUGCUUAAAAUUCCCUGGAAGUGUGACAAAACAGUCUACAUUAUGCAGCAUCAGUAUAAUAAAACAGAAGUGCUAAUUGCUAGUUAAUAUGACUUACAAAGCCAAGCAGCCUACACUUCUGAACCAUGUUAAAAAUGGUCUAUACAUGAAAUUAACCAUGAAGGAUUGGACUUGAAAUUGGAACAGGAUAUUGUAAACUAUUUACCACACAGGCCUUGUAUAUUGAAGCAGAGCAUAUCAGCUAGUGCUUUGUAAGCACAAGGAGGUUUAAACAUGGAACACAUUGACCCAAAUAACAGCUUUCCAACAUUUUGCUGAAUGCAGCUUGAAAUGUUUUCUAUCAAGUCUUUAAGCGAUUCCUGAUAGCUUGAGAAUAAGUUCUUAUUUUGGCACAGUCAAAUCAGUGUAUUAUAUAGUUUCUUUUCUAAUGUAUUUGUAUAAUUUUUGCAGUCCAAAAUAUUUUAACAGAAGUGCUUCAAACUCAAAACAAGCAAAGGGCCUUAACUUCACACAGAGAACUUGCUUAGAGGCUUGAACAUUUCUACGUAAAACUUGCUACCAGUUUGGAAUAUGGGAGCAGUGAAUCGCUUUUAGAAAAUACCCCAGUGCAUUCCACUGAGCAAAAUGUAAGACUGGGAUCAUAAUUAAUUUAAAAUAAAGUAAUUGUUUUUAUUAUACUGUGCUGUUAAAAUUGUAAUGAUAUGUAGCCGGCCUAGUAGCAGAUCACCCCUCCUUUGAACAGGAGUGGCAGAAGGCAUCCACUGGCUUUCUGGUGAAUAAAGACCAGAAUGCUGUGGUAUCCAUGCACUGAAAGACUGUUAGGAGCUGAGGAAGAAGACGACUCCAUUCAGCCCAUGUCAUCCCUUUCCUGUAGGCCAGCAGGAGCCCAACAGUGUUUAAGAAAAUGCAUUGUAUUUAAAUAUUUGGAGUAUUUCUUACCGUUUCAUAUGUUCCAGUUCUCAUUUUGGUAUUUUGCUUUACAGGUGUCAAGCAACCAUUAGUAGGUGAGUAUAAGAAAGAACCUUGCCAUUUUUAAUCACGAUCUUCAUUAUAUUCAAGUAUUUCUUACGCUGCAUGAAAGAAAAUCCAGAUUGUUUGUUUCACCAUAUGGGGAGGGGAAGCUGCCUGCCUUGUCCUCAGCAAGCCUUGUUGAUUGGUGCCCUGAUUCUGCCUCGAAGCAGGUGGGAAACACAGGGUGUGGUGGGUGGUCCCUAGCAGUCCUUCAUAGUGGCUCAUGAACAAGCAACUAUUUAGUUUCCUGGGCUGGGUUCACAUGUUCAAGCAAACCAUAUUAGGCUGAUCAAAUCAUAAUUUAGGAUUAUGUCUGAACAAAGCCUGAAUGUUGAUGAUAGAAAUGUUCAUGUUCUGCAGAGUUUAAAUAUUUCCUUUGCUUUUGCUUCUUACCAAUGAGUCCCUGGUCUUAAAUCCCAGUUCUGUGCAAGUUCACUGAGAUGUCUGUAAAAUCCACUGUGGUUAUUAGAAUUACUUUUGCAGCUAGGACUAGGAUUGCAACCUAAGUCUUUGACAAGUGUUUUCUUUUGAAUUCUGCACACUUCUACAUUCUCUGUAAAUAUUGUUGAGGAAAAAUAACUGUUUUGUUCUCGUGUUAUUCUACAUAAUGGUUUCUGUAUAAGUCUGAAGAAUACUAAGUAUAUGCUGGUCUCUCCCCCGCCCCUAAAAUAUUGUAAUUUACCUUGCCAUCCCAUCUAGCUCGUAUUAUAGAUGAAACCAAUGGAACAUGUGACCUGACAGAAAGCUGUUUGGAGGAGACAGGCGGAUUAGGAGUGGAUAUCAUCCUUGAUGCAGGAGGUCUGUAACUGCUACAAAACUCUUUACUCUUUACUGAUGCAGUAAAAUAUUUACCAACAGUUCCAUAGUAUUUUAUUAAUUUUAAAACUUUGUAUCAUCAAAAACAUAGCCAGUUUUAUACAGUGCUGUUGUAUACUAUAGUGUCAGUGGCUCUAUAGUUAGUAUGUGAGGCACUGUCUGUUAAAAUCAUGAAAAAAAAUUCAGUAUGGAAUUCGGUAUAGAAGACCUAUUGAUGCUGGUGAAGCAGUUAAUUGCAUAUAAAGUCCCCUGGAGAAGCAAAUGAGAAAUUUCUGCAGUACUAAAAUCCAUAUAUUGUUUAUUAGGAUAGGUUUUCUGUAGUCAUAAUCAAAAUAUUUACAUAUUUUCUGUUUUUCUACCUUUUUCUUUAAUGUUUAAAUUAUAUAUAUUGUGUUGGUUUGUAAUAGCACACAUAACUUAAUUCUUAACAAAAAUGCGGUACAAUCCACUCUGAGUACACCUUUCCUUGCAGAAUUUACACAGCAGCAGAUCGACAGCAUAGUCCUAUGACAGUGUCACCUACGUGAUAGUUAAAAAUGUACCCAAGAUUCAGGCACUUACAGGCUGUAGUUUUCUGUGCACUUUCCUUUCAAAGAGUAUUUUGGAUGAAUGAAUACCCCCAAAAUUCCAACAAUCUUUUAUUUGAGGUUUGGUUUUUUUAACCUCAGUCAAUGUAGCAUGUUGGGAUGAAAAUAAUUCCAGGGAAACUGAUCGGUUUUUUUAAAAAAUGGUCCAAGGAAGGAGACUUAAAGCUGUAUGUGUAGGUUGACCAUGCAACCACUCACCUGUCUUCUGCACUGAUUUAUGCACUUGACCCUGCCAUCAAACAUUCACAGGAGACAUAGUGAAACUAAUUAAUGGAACCUUUUCCUCAGUGUAUGCUGUGCCCAGAAUUCUGAGUAAAGAAAGUCAUUUUAAAAUAGACCAGAAAAGGGGGGAUGUAUACUGAUAGAUUAUAAACAUGAAACAUUUUUAUUGAAGCUUUUCUUGGCUUAUAAAAGUACAGACAUCGUCUCUACUGUAUUUUCAGAUCAUAAAGUCUUUUUUACAGUUCAACACAGUUAAAUGUGACUCUUAAUUACUUAGCUUCUUUGCUUCCUUUGCUUCUUUUUAGUGAGAUUAUACAGUAAAGAAAAUGAAGUAACUUCACAACAAUUGCUGCCGCACAAACAUGACAUUAUUUCAUUGCUCAGUGUUGGAGGCCAUUGGGUUACCAUGGAAGAAAAUCUCCAGGUGAGAAGAAAAUCUGAAAUUACCAUGUCUGUAAAUAUGCUGCCAUUGAUGACUGAUAAUCAUAAGCCUGUAAAAACUAAGUUACUAUUAAGGCAGCAGUCCUAUGUACCUGGGAGUAAGUCUGGUUGAACACAAAGUGACCUAUUUCCAGGUAAACUUGCAUAGAACUGUGGUGCAACACUGUUUAAUAUCUAUAGGGGGGUAAAGAGGACCCCUGACCAUUAGGUCCAGUAGUGGCCGACUCUGGGGUUGCGGCACUCAUCUCGCUUUACUGGCCAAGGGAGCCGGUCAUGUGGUCAGCAUGACUAAGCCGCUUCUGGCAAACCAGACCAGCGCACAGAAACGCCGUUACCUUCCCGCCGGAGCGGUACCUAUUUAUCUAUUUGCACUUUGACAUGCUUUCGAACUGCUAGGUUGGCAGGAGCUGGGACCGAGCAACGGGAGCUCACCCCAUCACGGGGAUUCGAACCGCCAACCUUCUGAUCAGCAAGUCCUAGGCUCUGUGGUGUAACCCACAGCACCACCUGCGUCCUCCAAGUGCCGCAUUACUUGACAGUAAUAAUCUAGCACACUUCAUAAUUAAAAUAAAAUGAAAUUGCUACUAUAGUGUGAAUCAAACACUGGAGUACUAAAAGGUAAACUGUCUUUGUCUCAGAAUGACUACCGUAGUUUUCGGUCAAUAACACGCGUUUUUUUCCUCCUAGAAAGUAAGGGGAAAUGUCUGUGCGUGUUACGGAGCGAAUGCUUCCCUCCUCCGUGGUUUCCAGCGGGAGAAGAGCCGCUGAAUGGGGAGGAGAGAGGGACAGAGUGCCUGCUUCUUUAAAGGAGCAAAGCGGGAGGGGAGAGGAGCCGUGUAAGCGGCUCCUGUCCAGUUGGCUCCUUUAAAUCAAGCAGGCUCUCUUGUAUCUCUCUCGUCCCCACUCAGCGGCUCUUCUCCCGCUUUGCUGGAAAUAGCAGGAAAGAUUUUCAGCUCGCUACGGGGGGGGGGAGGAGGGAGAGAAGCAGAGCCUGCUUGCUUUAAAGGAGCAAAGCACUCCUGUAAGCGGCUCCUGUCCGGUUGGCUCCUUUAAAGCAAAAAGCAAGCAGGCUCUCUGUCCCUCCAGCAAAGGUUUUCAGCUCGCUAAGGGGGGGGGGAGGAGGGAGAGAAGCAGAGCCUGCUCCAUGCGUGCUUCUUGUCCCUUGAGUGCUUUUCCUUCCCUCCCCACUUAAAACGUGGUUACAAAGCACAGAUCCACAUGGAUCCUCAGGAUUUUUGCACUGGGUCACCCCAAAUUCACCAUCAGAUCACAGCAUGAACCACAAAAAUCAUAUGUCCACUGUUUCGUUUAGAAUAAUUUUUUUCUUGUUUUCCUCCUCUAAAAACUACAUGCGUGUUAUGGUUGGGUGCGUGUUAUCGAGCGAAAAAUAUGGUACUUGUUCUGUGCCUUCCAGGUCAUUCAUGUUUGUAAAACAAGAAGCCAAUUUCAUAUAUGUUGAAAAUCACUUGCAUUGUCUGUUACCAGGAAAAUUAUGUCAACCAAUAAUUAAUGUGCUUUGGUUGUGCCAUUUUUGUUUUGGCAAAUGUAGCUUAACUAUUUUUCAUAUUUUAAAAAAGUUGGAUCCUCCAGACAGUCGUUGCCUUUUCCUCAAAGGUGCUACAGUCUCUUUCCUGAAUGAUGAGGUGUGGAAUUUGUCAAAUAUGCAACAAGGGAAAUACUUAUAUAUCCUUUUUAUGCUUAUAUUUUAAAUUGAUAAGUAACUGGUUUGUUUUAAAAAGAGUGGGGGGAAAUGCAACAUAUAUUGCAUAUAUUGGAACUCAGUACAGUUAAGGGAUCUUUACUGCAGACUGUCAUAGUACUGGAAAUAUCAUGAUAUGGGGAAUUUAAUUGCCAAUUAGAGUGCGAUACAUAUGGGUUUCUUUUCUGCUAUUUUAGAAUAAACAUAUAAUUUUAGAUUUUAGAUUGUAAACCUGGGGAUAUGGACUGUUGUCUUUAAGCUGUGCAGAGUGCUUAGUAAACCUGGAUAGAUUAUAAAUCACAUUAAUGCUUUAAAACACUACCAGGCGUUUCUACCCAGAUAAGCAGGGUCUAUAUGGUGAAGCCAAUCUCACAAAUUAAAGAUCUGCAUCUCAGUCCUAGCCAUGUUUCCUCAAAACAGAUUUGUUGGGAUUUGCUAGCGUGUUUAGUAAUCCACUCCAGUCACACAUGUACACACAGUUUUUCUUAACAAUUCUCUUAUACGCAUUCUAGAAGAUGUAAUGGAGAAGCUAUCCAGUGGUGUUUUCAGGUAAGUCAGGUGUGCUACAGUGAAAUGGAAGCUUAAAAACUAAUCUAAGUAUUAUAAGUUAUGAAGCUCCACAUAAUUAAAAUGCUGCUGGAGACCUACUUUGUGGCUGUAGUUAUUGAUCCAGAACUCCCAAGAGUCCUGAAGCCCGUUCCAUGAGCCCAAUAGGUUUCAGACUUACCUUUCUCGAAAAGCGAGCCCUGGAUUCUGCACGAGAAACUGCUUUUCUAACGGAAGGCAGCUUCAGAAGCUAUGCGUUAUAAUACAGUAACAUAGGGAUUAGCUGUUGAUUAAAAAUAAAUAAAUACCAGAGCCACUAAGUCACUGCAAGCUCCUUUAAUGACUUUAAACAGCCCUUGGUAUGCCACCCAUUAAUAUCAAAUACUUGGGAAAAAUUCUUAUUUUUAUUUUCAAUUAGCCAUCUUAGGAAAUGACUUGGAGAAAGCCCUCUUCCCUGCAAUCCUAAUUGCUCUAAUACAAUCUGCCCAUUAGCCUGUACAUUAAAUAAACCCAGUUUGGACCAGACUUACUCUGCAGGUGCCUAAUACUUAUCUACAAUCCAAGUGCAUAUUCAUAAUAACCACUGUGAACUGCAGCUAAAUAAAAGUCUUUGUUUUUGUAUGAAGAAGCUACUAAAGGCAUUCCUUCCAACAGUUAAUAUUCUAAUGGUUACUACAAAGCUUAUUUUUCCUUUGUCUGCUAUGAUUGCAGUCGAGUUUUUGGAUGCAGAAGGGCAGGAGCUGGAAGACUUGUUCUCAAAAGCAAUAUAAAAUGGCACAUCUUUAAAACUGCUAGUAAAAGCUAUUUUGAAAUGCCUGCAGUACAUUAAACAUCUGCUUCCUAUUUGCUGUUUUCUCUGCCCUUUGUUCCAGGAAUCCUAGCCAACCUAUAACACUUGCAGUGUGUUUGAGCUGUAAAGUUUGCAUUACUAAAAAGUAAAGUCUAUGGCAAUUGUCCUGAAUUGUGUACUUUUUUCUUUUGAGCAUACAUUAAGACACUUCUGAGGUAUUAUUCUCUUUUAGGCCUCAUUUGGAUGAUCCAAUCCCAUUAUAUGAAGCCAAAGUUUCUAUGGAAAUGGUUCAAAAGAACGAAGCAAGAAAAAGACAAGUUAUCCAGCUCUGAAGCACAGAUUCUUAGCUUUUAAGUGAAGUGUAAAUUUGUGGACUUUGUCUCAAUUGCCUACUUAUAAAGGAUUGGUCAAUGAGUUUCAACUAAUGUUUUAAUUACUGUUUGAAUAUUCUUUACAAGUUCUGGGGAAGAAAUUAGAGCUUUGAUUUUUCCCCUAUUACCAUGUCUAAAAGAGUAUUUCUGUUAGCAAUUGAAAGUUUGCUCAUAUUUGUGGCCCUCCAACACGCCGUCCAUCCGUUCCGCCCCCCCCCCCCCGCCCCCCCGGUCACUCCUGUGCUUAGCAGACAACACUUUCCUUUUGUCUGCUCAGUUUUAUGCAUCUUGCUGUGCUUUGUUUUACUUGGACCAUCUAUACACUAUGGGGGUGGAAAGGUGUCCCUGGAACACACUUGUAACAUUGGCAAGAUUCUGAAUGUGCUUUCUCAAUCUGACCUUAUUUUUAUGGUGACUUUGCUAUGUUUUUUAUUUAGCCUUUCCAUCUAGAAAACGCAGAAUCUAUCAGCACGUAUAGAUGACAUGCAUUGCCAAGGGUCUUUUUAUACAAGCAGCGUUCUGUGGAAUAAGUGUACAUUUGUUAGGCAUUUGUUUUGCACGAUCCACAUUUCUGUCUUUAAGACAGCACUACGGUGGGUAGGGUACUGCAUUUACUAAGAACCUAAGUGCAAUAUGUGCACUUGGAGAAAAUGCAGUAUAGGCUUUCAUACAGCACAUACUCUGUUAUUGCAAUUCCUUGAUGAAGUGUUGUUUUUGUGACUGUCACAAGUACUUACUGGGUAUAUUCUGUGUUGUAAUUUGUAAACUAUACUCAUGUAAAUUUAUGAUUUACCACUGUUAAAUGUUCAAAUUGUAUAUGGCAGAAUAGACCUUAGUCACAGUCAUUAAUUUCAGUGGGUCUACUCUGAGUAAAAGCCAGCUAUUCUGCUUUUUUUCCUUUUAUAAAUUUAGCCUUGUGUUAUAUAUAGUUCAUGCAUAUAGCCCAGUCUACAAAAGAGGGAUGGAAAGGCAAACAGGCUAUUCCCAUCACCUGCCACACCAUAGUGGGAUAUGCUCUGCUGCUGUGGGAUAGUGGUCACACUUUGGCUCCUCAUCUAAGACCUUCCUCUGUUCUUCUCCUCAAUAUUGUCUAAUUUGUCCCUUCUCUGCUAAUAAAAGGUGGUUGCAUUCUCAGAUAUGCCUUAAUUGCAAGAAGAUUUAUGGAAGCAAGUCCUAUUAAAAUCAAUGAAUUCAGCCCCUGCAUAAACAGUAGGACACUGUGAAACUUUGUACCACACAAACUGUUAAGUUGUGGAUGAACAUAGCAGACGACACAGCGAUUCUUCAAACAGCUCUUCUUUAUUCAGAUGUCAGAACAGAACUAAACUGGGGCUCAGUCGACACCGUUGCAGAUGGAUGUCCCGGACACCACAGACGAUUCGAUCCAUCAGGGCAUCGUCUAAGUCUCGGAACUCGCGGUGCAUCGUAGCCUGUCACAGGGCGGUGGUGUAGUUGUUGAUUGACUCCCCCUCUGCCUGGUUCCGGUGGUAGAAUGCAUGGCGGGCAGCAAUCUUGGAUGGCUUUGGCGCAUAGUGCUUGCGGAGCUUCUCUUGGAUCGUGUCCCAUGGUGUUGCCUGGACUGCUUCAGGCGCAACCAAUGCUCGGGCCGUCUCAAACACCUCAGGCCCACAGAGGCUGAGGAAUAGGCCCCGCUUCUGUUCCUUUGAUACUGCUGUCAGCUCGUUGGCUUGGAGGUAGCAGUCAAACCGAGCGAGGUAGGAGUCCCAUGAUUCAGAGGCUGGCGCAAACGGUGGUAGAGGCACAAGUGAAGCCAUGAUUCCGAUACCGGCGUGGAGGGCGAUGGAUGGAACACCAUUCUCUAGCCAGAACAGUCAGCUCUGAAUUGGUUCUGUUCAGUGAUUUUCCUCAGUGAUUCAGCUCAGUGAUUCAGCUCAGCUCAGAGGGUGGCUGCAUCUGGCUGUGCUCUGAUGUCCAUCGAUCCCACCUUCGUCGCCAGUGUUAAGUUGUGGGCGAACAUAGCAGACGACACAGCGAUUCUUCAAACAGCUCUACUUUAUUCAGAUGUCAGAACAGAACCAAACUGAGGGGCUCAGUCAGCCUGCUUAUAUAGAGCUCCAGAACAAUGUAACUCUUGCCAUUUUCUAAAACUAUCCAAUCACUGAACGUCACUUUUCGAUCCUUCAUUUGCAUAACUAUCUACAGUAUCCCCCUGCUGGCCCAGGGUGAGAACUUCAGUACAUAACACAAACCCUGUGGAAAGCUGAUAUUGUAGUAGAUAUGUGUGGUAAAAAAUUUCCCAGCAUCAAGUGAUUGCUGUUAAUUGCUAGAGAGAAUGUGGCUUCCCACAACUGAAGCUGAAUGUUGACAAGCCAAAUUCUCUUAACUACUGUUCUAAGGAAAAAUGUUCUGCCUUUCUCCACAACUAUAUAUUUCUGCAACUAAAUCGUCUGCAGAGGCUUCAUAUUAUGCCCCUCAACUCUUUCAGUGUGUGGAAAUAUUAAGUUAACUAGAACCCAGAAACACAGUUUGAGAAUUCAAUAUAAUGUUUUCUAGCUUCUUGCUUUUCAUAGUUCUAUUCUAAUUUUGAAGAUAUAUUUUAAAGAAGCCAACUAGAUAAGAUAUAGGUUACAUUGGCAUGCUUGGCCAAGGGUUAGCAGCUUUUAUUUUGAAAAUUUCCAAGGUCACUUCAUCGCAAACUUUUUAAGUGGACUGGAAUUUUUCUUCAGACUUGAAGAAGGUGGGGCGUAGAAAAAAGCUCCCUUAAUAUUGAAGCCAUAUUGCCAGCAUUGGUCAAAAGUCAUAUAGCCUUAGAAGGGAUAAAGGCAUGUUUAUGGGGAUGUAUCAGCUGAGAACACUCUGCCUUUAAUUUCAAGGAAAUUUGAUGUAAGGCUUUAAGUAUUAUAUGCAUGAAAUGUCAAUCACCAAGAACAAAGCAGGAAGUAUCAUUUAGAAGACAUCUGAAGGCAGCCCUGUCUAGGGAAGUUUUUAAUGUUUAAUUAUGUUUUUGUUUAUGCUGGAAGCUGCCCAGAGUGGCUGGGGCCACCUAGUCAGAUGGAUGGGGUGCAAAUACUGUAAUAAAAUGAUGAUGAUGAUUCAA